UCAGUCAAGCCUGCUCUCUGAGCACUUAGAUGGAAUAGCAGCAUUUUUCUUCUUUGGUGUCACUGGAGAAGACUGGAAACAAGGUGUCUAAAGGGGGAUUAUUAAGACCUGGGUCUGGUUUAGUACCUGGCUUUUACAAGUGGGACCAACACUGGAGCUAGCUCCUCAAAGACGGUGGUGACUGGUCCUGGUUCCUGAGCGGUGCAGUCAUGGACAGGCCAGAGGGGCUGGCCAGGCCACCUCUGGUGUCAGCCAUGGCACUUUCCCUCCUGGCUCUGUCUCUCCUCUCCACUGGGGUCUCCAGCCUCCCACAGCCUCUGCCAAGAGUCUUCCUUUCCUUCGAAGACCUGCAGGCCUCCCAGUCCUUUGAACACUACAGUAUAUCAGACGCAGCCAUGGACUACAGGAUCCUGCACAUGGAUGAGGACCAGGACAGGAUGUAUGUGGGCUGUAAGGACCACGUCCUCUCCGUGGACAUCAACAACAUCACCCAUGGCACACUUAAGGUGUUUUGGCCUGCGUCUACCAGCAAGAUAGAGGAAUGCCACAUGGCAGGCAAAGACCCUACACACGGCUGCGGGAACUUCAUCCGGGUGGUGCAGCCUUACAACAGAACUCAUCUGUUCAUGUGUGGUAGCGGAGCGUACAGUCCCGUCUGCGUUUACAUCAACAGGGGCCGAAGACCAGAGGAACAAGUAUUUCACAUCGACUCGAGGACGGAAUCUGGCAAAGGGAGGUGCUCCUUCAGUCCUCAAGUGAAUACAGUCUCCGUCAUGCUCAACCAGGAGCUGUUCUCAGGCAUGUACAUUGACUUUAUGGGGACAGAUGCUGCCAUCUUCAGGAGCCUGACCAAGCGAAAUGCAGUGCGGACAGACCAGCACAAUUCUAAAUGGCUCAGUGAGCCAAUCUUUAUCGACGCCCACCUGAUACCAGAUGGAACAGACCCCAAUGACGCCAAACUGUAUUUUUUCUUCCGCGAGAGGCUGACAGAUAAUAAUGGAAAUACUAAAAAUAUUCACACGAUGGUGGCCAGAGUGUGUCCUAAUGACAUCGGAGGACAGCGGAGCCUGGUGAACAAAUGGACCACCUUCCUUAAAGCCAGGAUGGUGUGUUCCGUUCUGGAGGAGGACGGCACUGAAACGCACUUUGAUGAACUUGAAAGUGUGUUUUUGCUGGAAACCGAUCAGCCCAAGAGUCUGUUGGUGUUUGGAGUCUUCACAUCCACAAGCUCCGUGUUUAAAGGCUCCGCGGUGUGUGUGUACAACAUGGCAGACAUCCUCACCGUCUUCAACGGGCCCUUCGCUCACAGAGAGGGGCCCAAUUUUCAGUGGGUGGCAUUCCAGGGGCGUAUCCCUUACCCAAGGCCCGGAACUUGCCCGGGUGGAGCCUUUACACCUGACAUUCUGACAACAAAGGAGUUCCCAGACGACGUGGUGAACUUCGUACGAAACCAUCCGGUCAUGUUCAACCCCAUCUACCCGGUGGGGAGGAGACCUCUGGUGGUUCGCACCAACGCUGACUAUAAAUACACAUCAGUGGCUGUGGACCAGGUUAUGGCUGCUGACGGCAAUUAUCAAGUUCUGUUCCUGGGCACAGACAAAGGCACAAUACAGAAGGUGAUUGUCCUGCCAAGCAAUCAUUCCCUGCAUGAAGAUCUAAUCCUGGAGGAGCUGGAAGUGUUUAAGAAUCAAGCUCCUGUUACAAACCUGAGAAUAUCCUCCAAAAAACAACAGCUGUACGUGAGCUCGGAGUUCGGGGUCUCGCAGGUCUCCCUUCACCGUUGUCACGCUUACGGCUCGGCUUGCGCUGAUUGCUGCCUCGCCAGAGAUCCCUACUGCGCCUGGGACGGACUAAGCUGCUCCCGCUUUUAUCCCACCGGCAAAAGGAGAAGCAGAAGGCAGGACAUUAUGCACGGGAAUCCACUCACUCAGUGUAGAGGAUUCAAUCUAAAAGCUUACAGAAACGCAGUGGAGAUGACGCAGUAUGGCGUGAAAAACAACACCACCUUCCUGGAGUGUCUUCCCAAGUCUCCCCAGGCUUCUAUUCGCUGGCUUAUCCAGAGGGACAAUGACAGGAGGAAAGAGGUGAAGAUGAGUGACCGGGUCCUCUCCACGGAGCACGGCCUCUUGAUCCGCUCCGUCCAGCUGUCUGACCAGGGUCUGUACUACUGCCUGACCACCGAAAAUGGCUUCAAACGCACCGUUGCCAAGAUCCGCCUGCGUGUGCUGAGCGAGGCCAUGGUGAGCAUGCUGACAGACAAGCAGCAGUCGCCGUGGGGGUGGGCCAGCUCUUUGCAUCCUAAGAUCCUUUUCGAAGCCUUCAGUCCUGCAGAGACCCUGGCCGUACAGCAAUACUGCAAAGAGAGGAGGGAGUUCCAGAACCUCCAGCAGAGGCAGCAGCACCAGCCUCAGCCACCUGGACCUCUCAGGGGGGACCUGGCCAAACUCAAGCCCCUGCUGGACCGGAGGAAGAGCCGCAACCGGCGCAAUCACCUGCCAGAGGUCUGACACAGGGAGCUGGCAGCUACAGAAACUGACAUGCACACCGUCCUCUAAUCCUGCAGCCUACCAGGCCGUUACAAAUCCUCAUUUUCCAACCUUCAUCUCAAACUGCAGAGCUGCACUGUGGAUGUACAGUAAGACAAGGAGGUGGGUGUGGGGAGUUCUUAUUCGGCAAUAUCUCUUUUUCUUGCAUGAGGUACUGUGACCAGGUGACUGUGACAUACACUAAAACACACGCACAGGCAACCACAAGCCAAUCAUUUGUUGUCGCAGUCGCAACACAAACUGAAGUGGCCUCGUUACGAGUGUCGAUAAUAAACUGUGGUCUCUAAUAGGCUGAUGUCUCUUACGAUAAUACACCCUGAGACGCAGCUAUGGUCAAUGCUUGUAUCAUAUUUUAAAUAUCAGAGGGGAAAUUGGAUCGGCCGGAUAUUAGCUCACAGUGGAUUUGUUCAUUGUUGGAAAAAAAAGGGGGGGAGGUAAUUUGACAUCACGAUAAUAAACAGAGAAGAUUGAAAAGGGACAAAAGGGAUACAGAUGCAUGUUUGACCGUGAGUGCUCUCUCCCUUUAUGCUAAGUGUUAUAGUAGUAUUUUACUAGAUUCUACUCACAUUUGAACUUUUACUUUUUAACUAACAAAAUUCUCUCCAUUGAGUGAAAACUACAGGGCUCUGUGGGCACAUAAAAAGUAAAAAACUUUUUUUUUCCUACAGGUUGGCAGCCUCACAUUCUGUUUACAGUAGCACUGUUCAUACAAAGCACAGACGACAAGGGGUCAGAAUAAAAAGUGUUAUAUUACAGUGCUACAAGUUGAAAAUUUAUUAGUUCAAAGACCAAACUUUACAUCCCGUACUGAUGUUAUCCAAACAGAAAUAGUAAUAAGAUACAGAGUAGAAUAUGAAAUACAGUGUGAGUCGUUGCACACACCUUACAUGAUCUGUCCUAUAUUUAUUCCUAUUACUCUGUGCCUCACUGUAGUUCAGCUGCAUAUACCAUAUCCAUAUCUCUUUGUCCAGCACAGACGCAUGUUUAUAGAAAUUCAUCAGUAAUGCAGAAAUCUUUCAAAGGAAUAGUUAAACAUUCUGGAAAAUAGGCUUAUUUGCUUUCUUGCGGAGAGUCAGAUGAGAAGAUUGAGACUCUCUCAGUCACUCUGUAGAGUAACUAUAAACUCGGACCAGCAGCUGGUUAGCUGGGUACUGUUUAAUGGCUGAGCACAGUAACCUCCGAUAAAGUGUGACCAUCAGUGCUGAGCCUGCCAUAUAACCCCCCAUAAAACCACGUGUCGCGUUUUGUGCCAAAUUUUGUUACCUUCGGACAGAGCCAGGCUGGCUGUUUACACCCGUUCAGGUUUUUAUGCUAAGCUAAGCUAGCCAGCUGCUGGCUGUAGUUUCAUAUUUACGGUACAGAUAUGAGAGUGGUAUCGAUCUUUUCAGCAGGAAAGCAAAUAGGCCCAGGUAUAUUUCACAAAAUGUCAAAUUAUUCCUUUAAUCCUCGCCUGGGUUAGAUUUGAACAGCCAAACUAGCAGGUAUGCACAUUUUCGUUUCUGCCUUCCGGUAAAUAAUGUAUGUUAGCCUAAUACCUGGAAAUGUAGUCUGCCAUGACACUUUCCUUCAUUCAUUUUCUACAGUCUGCACAGCAAGGUGGACAUACUUUUAAUUCAAAAGUAGAAAUUGUCAGUGAUAGUCUGUGAGAUAGACCAUUUGACAUUUGUGAAUAGACUUCAGAAGCGUAGUUAAUGUAGAUAGAGAUUAUUUGUUGGUUGUGUACAGAGUGUUUUUUUGUUUGUUUGUUUCAUCCUUUUUAAUUUAAUGUGUCGAGUUUGUGAAAAUGUGUUUUCAUUGUGUGUAAAAGUUCAACAUACUUCACCUACUAACUCCGACUGUAUCUGCAAAUUGCAGAGAUAGACAGCACUAUUUUCAUUUUGAGAAAAGACUUUCUAGUUGUUCCUUUCUCUCAUACAGAUCUCUGAUCCACGUGUAAUAAAACCCUGUGACCAGCAUCAUGUCAACUUCAAGUACGUGUAAUUUCAGUGUUAUGAAACAUGUAUUUCUAUUUAUUAAUGUCAUGAUAGCCUGAAUAAAUCUGCUCAGAUG